AUGACUUCGUCAAUGACCAACGCGUCUUCAAUUCAAGACUUGGCAGACAAGAUCCCCAUUUUGCGCUCAGAUGACACUUUCAAACAAUAUGUUGACGAGUCGACCUCCGUUAGGGGUCUAAAGCUUGACCCGGAUAUGCUAAAGGAGAACCCUGAAGCAUUGGCCAACUUGACCAAGAAUAACGAGAACUACCUCAAUAAGCUCACAUACCAAUUUCUUGAGACCGAGUCCAAACAGAUAUUCUUAGGGUUCUUGAACGAGGGACACAAGCUGACUGCAGAAGAAAUGGACACCACCAACCAGAUGAUCGCCGAAUCUAAACAACGAUACGAAGAGAUGGAGGCAAACAUAGCGAGACUCCGAACAGAGAUCCAUGUGGGGAGCAGGAAAGUUCUUAAAUCUCUUGCAGAAGUCAAUCGGCUCAAUAAAAGUAUCAAUGAGCUUAAUAACACUAACGAUAAUUUGCAACAAGAAGUCGAUGAUCUAGAAAAACAUAGCACAGUCAACAUUGGUUCUCGCCAGUUCCACUCAUACGAGCAGCUGGAGCAGCUUGAAAGCCAGACAUUAGAGGAAAGUGCACAAUUAGAGGAGGAGUUGGAGCAACUAAAACAUUUUAAAGAAAACAGAAGCGAGCAUUUGAGGCAAUUGGAGAAUGAUUUGCAGAAUACCCAAGCUUCUGCUAAGAGAAAUAAGGCAAUCCUAUCACAAUCCGUCGAAAAACGCCAACAGGUUGAAGUGGAUCCCAAUCUAGAUAGAGAUUACAAGCACAUGGUACAGCUUAUCGAAAUAUGGAAAUCCUUAGCCAAUGAUUAA